GCUCAAUAUAUCUCAAUAUUAGUUGAUCAUCUAAUAUAAGUGUUUUAUAAAAAUGAUUCUAAUAAAAUUGUAUAUUUGUAUUGGUUUUAUUUUUGUCUCAAACGCACAAUCCUUAUUUAGGCCUAACUUACCUUUGGGAAAAUAUCGAAUGGUAUUCAACGCAAUUCGCCAAUGUGAAGACUCAAAACAUCUACCGAUGCAAGUGCAUUUAUAUUUGAAUAAAAAGUCAUCCAAUAUUACAGAACUCAGGGGUAAUUUUACAGUAGGAGGAGUAAUUUUUGACGAUUCAUUAGUAUUUGAUGGAAAUGCUGCAUCUUGGGGUUCUACUGGAGGUUGGAAAACAAAUUCUAUUGUUUACGUUGCCACUAAUGCCUGUUCUAAAGCAAAAUUCCUCUUAGGAAAUGCUUGGUAUACAUUUCAAAAAGCUUUUAAUAUUCCAAGUGGGGACUGUCCAGUACCAAUGGGUACUUAUAGUACAUCAACGGGUUAUGACACAGCACUUCUUGAAGACAGCAAUUUUCCUAAAGUAUACUUUUAUGGAAAAUAUAAAUAUGUAGGCAAAGUAAAAACCAAAGAUAAUAAACUACUAGGCUGUGUGGCUUAUGAGGUAGAAUUGUUAAGACCAUGGGAGGUGUAG